UCUAAGUUCCUCACCAUGCUACUGGAUAAGCUAUCAGCCACUAAUGUACACCUGAACCCUUACUUCCCGAAAAUUUUUCUCCUGAGUAGAGAAAAAAUAUUUUCCACUAUGUCUGCUAAACCUAACAGUAUAGACACGAAUGCUGGCAAUAUGAAUGAUUCACAGAAAAGGGUAAAAUACCGCCGGGAGCCUGAUAAAAGGAUAUUUGUCAACCGAAGUCUGAAUUUGAAUAAGAUCAAGUUCUUUGGAUUUGAUAUGGACUACACAUUGGCAGUGUACAAGUCGCCAGACUAUGAAUCAAUGUGUUUUGAAGAACUUAAAAAGAGACUUAUUAACAUUGGCUACCCUAAAGCAAUCAAAGAAUUUAAAUAUGACCCAUCAUUUCCCGUCAGAGGUUUGUGGUUUGAUAAAAUCUAUGGUAACCUGCUAAAAGUAGAUAGCUAUGGAAACAUUCUGAUCUGUGUUCAUGGCCUCAAAAUUAUGAAACAGUUUGUUCCAGAAACUUACAUGUUGGCCUGUAUCGUCGAUUACUUCUCAAACUGUAAAGACUAUGAAAAGACGGACACAGGGGUGAAAGCUGAAUAUUUAUAUAUACCUUAUACAUCAAUGUUCCAAGAUGUCAGAGCUUCAAUUGAUUGGCUCUAUCUUCAGAGUAAUCUAAAGGACGAAACUGUCAAAGAUAUAGAAAAAUACAUUGAGCGCAACGACAGUUUAUCUACCUUACUUGAGCGGAUUCAAAAAUAUGGCGCCCAAAACUUGCUCAUCACCAACAGUGACUUUUCAUACACUGACAAAAUUAUGAAAUAUUUACUGGAACCAGUAAAUGCGGUGACAGAAUCACUAAAUAUUGGAUGUCACAUAGGCCCUAUGAAGAAGGGACAGAUAUAUUCUGGAGGGUCCUGUUCAGGUUUAUCGCAGAUGAUUGGUGCCACAGGUAAAGAUGUGUUAUAUAUCGGUGAUCACAUCUAUGGAGACAUUCUCAAGUCUAAGAAAGAAAGAGGAUGGAGAACGUUUCUCAUUAUUCCUGAACUCAAGCAUGAAUUGAAAGUGUGGACAGAUAAAAAGCAUUUGUUUGAGGAAAUUAGUGAUCUUGAGGUGGAACUGUCAAGGAUUUACAGAGAUCUUGACAGCAGUUCUCAAGAAAAUCCCAGUAGUCAACACAUUAGGAAUUCCCUGAAGGACGUUAAAGGUAAAAUGGAUUUAGCGUAUGGUUUAUUGGGAAGCCUAUUCAGAAGUGAUUCACAACAGACUUUCUUUGCCGCUCAAGUGAUGCGAUAUGCUGACCUCUAUGCAGCAUCUGUCACCAAUCUACUCCACUAUCCAUUUUGCUAUUCAUUCGUUGCACCAAGGAUGUUGAUGUCACAUGAAUCAACAGUGGACCACGAUGACUGUCCGCCAGUAGAAGAUAACUUUGCAUCAAGGGCACGGUCACAGAGUCAAAGCCAAGUUAUGAAAUCUCCAGUUUCAAAAAAAUCUAGGCUGAACAGAGACAUUCCUAACAGCAAAAAUGUUCCGAAUUUAAGAGCUGACACUCCAAAGAAGUUGACUUAUUCCCCUGAUGAUGAUGAUUCUGAUGACAAUUGAGAACUGGGACUAAAAAUCCCAAAGUUCAUUAAGUGCAAAUCAAAACAAAACAAAAGAGAACCCUUUUUCGAUGUCUUUCCUUUCAAAAUUUGAUCCUUGAUUUCUCUCCAUUGUAUUUUUAAGAUCAUUUCAUCAUUCUAUUUUUUUUUUUCGUUUGCCAUCGUCUUCUUUCACACAAAGAAUAUUACUGUUUUAUAGCAAUAUCUCUAAAUUCUUAAUGUCUUUAGGUAAGUUUAGGAGUGGCAGGGGUCAGUGGGGUUUGGCAGAAAUGGCAGAGCACAGGAUAAAAUACCUAUGUUUAGGUAUUUUUUAACCUCUAAAUUCAAGUCCUAUUGAGGUCAACUUUGCUUUUCACUUUUCUUGGGUCAAUAAAAUAAGUCCUGUAUUUGAUGGUAUAUAAGCCACAAUUUUCUUCAAAAAGAAAUCUCCAAAAAUCACCCCUGUGUAUUAUACACAAAGUUGGGUUAGGGUUAGGUUUAGGGUUAGGGUUAAAGCUGUUUUUCUUCUUGAAACUGCUCUAUUGAAAUUGGGCUGUGUCUAAUUCGUCUAUGUGUAUUUUAUGCCAUCAAAUAUUGUAAUAAAUCUCUGUUAAAUAUUGGGAUCAAUAUAUUUAAUUGAUAACAUUCUGCUCCAAGACUGUGGCCAUGUGCCCCUCUCAAAAAUCAACACUAUUUACUGAAAUUAAAAAAAAAAACCCUAUUCCAUUAUGAUGGGUGAGUGGUGCAUGGGAAUCCUUUCUUAAUUUAAUCUCAGUAACCUGCUGUUUAGGUAUCUAUAGGUAGGUUUUCUUUCCUUUCACAAAUUUAAUAUUUUACUGUUUGGCAUCUAAUUACUUAAAAACCUUAUUAAUAUUAAUUAAAGUUAGGUUGGCUUAACUGUUGGCAUGCUGUAAAAAACGUUCAGCGGCCUUUCGUUCAUCCCUCUGUCAUGAGUUCAAAUUCCACUGUGGUUGACUUUGCUUUUCAUCCAUUUGGAGUCAAUAAAAUAAUUACCAGUUGAACAAGUUUCCCAUUCCCCUGAAAUUGCUUGCCUUGUGCUAAAAUCUGAAAUCAAUAUUAAUUAAAGUUGACAUUUGGCAGAGUGAAAAAAAUAAAUCUGGGGAAAAAUAAUCAUGUUUUGCUGAAGAAGUUUAAAAAGACGAAAACCUAAUCCAUGUUGUUUUUUAGUUUACCAAAUUUUGGGUUAAAUUAAUUUCGAGGUCUCGAGCUAAUCCAUAAUCCAUAUAGUCUGAUAACAAUUUGAUCUGACUUGAACAUGCAUAGGCUGAUCAACCAUCCGGCCAGCUGAUUAGUGAAACCUUUCAAUGACCAACUCUGCACAGCCAUGGAAUAGUGUUGCUCUACUGACUCCUCCUCCUGAAUACUAGUGAUAGCAUGGAUCAUAAUGAGUAAAUUUGAGCUGACUCUACCAGAUGGGAGACACUGAGUUAAUGUAUUCAUGUCACCACAACAACAACAUAGUUAAUUAGUUAGGAUUUUUGGUGCUGACCCCCACCCCUCACUUCCUUUCAUUUGAUAAGGUUUCAAUGGCAUUAGUCUCUAGUUAACCCGUUUUUGUUCUGCUCCUCAAAGCUAAAGUAAUUUUAAGUGCCAUACUUCCCAUCGCUAAGGAUGCUUUUACUAUAAACAUACACCUAAUGUCAACUUCGUUCUAUGAAUGGAUGCCUUCCCAACCAUUGACUAUAUAUAUAGAAAUGUGUGUGUGUGUAUAUUAUAUAUAUAUAUAUAUACACACACAGACACGUGUGUGUGUCUGAAUGUAUGUAUAUGUGUAGAGGUAGCGAGCUGGCAGAAAUGUUAGCAUACUGGGCGAAAUGCUUAGUGGUAUUUCAUCUGUCUUUACAUCAUUCUGAGUUCAAAUUCUGCUGAGGUCGACUUUUUCCUUUCAUCCUUUCGGGGUUGAUAAAUUAAGUAUCAGCUGUGUACUGGGGUCGAUCUAAUCAACUGGCCCCCUCCCCCAAAAUUUUGGGCCUUGUGCCUAGAGUAGAAAAGAAUAUAUAUAUGUGUGAGUGUGUGUAUACAUAUACUUAUAUAUAUAUAUAUAUAUAUAUAUAUAUAUCAGGUUCACAAUCAUGAAGUAGUGAGUUUGAUUCACACAGACCUGGCUGUGUGUUGUGUUCUUGAGCAAGACACUUUAUUUCACGUUGCUCCAGUUAACUCAGCUGUAGAAAUGAGUUGCAAUGUCACUGGUGCCAAGCUGUAUCAGCCUUUGCCUUUCCCUUGCAUAACAUCGGUGGUGUGGAGAGGGGAGGCUGGUAUGCAUGGGUGAUUGCUGGUCUUUCAUAAACACCCUUGCCUGGACUUGUUUUUCGGAAGGGAACUUUCUAUGUGCAAUUCCAUGGUCAUUCAUGACAGAAGGAGGGCUUUACUCUUUACCCUAUGUACAUGUAAUGGUGUGGAGAGGGGAGGCUGGUACGCAUGGGCAACUGCUGGUCUUCCAUAAACAACCUUGCCUAGACUUGAACCUUGGAAGGAACUUUCUAGGUGCAAUCCCAUGGUCAUUCAUAACCGAAAGCGGUCUUUACCCUUUAUAUCUAUCUAUAUAUGCAUACACACACAUACGCACACAAACACAUAUGUAUAUAUACACAUGCACCCAUAUAUGUUCUAUUACUGUGUUGCAAGUUACUCGGGGGCCCUCACUGGUGCUAGUGUCAUGAAAAAGGAGCCAAGAAGUGUUCAUAAAACGUUUGGCUUUAGGAAAGACCUGCAACUGCAGAAACCAUGCCAAUGCUAACAUCAGAGCUUGAUGUAGGCAGCACUGUGGCUUGCUUCAUCCUCACAAACCGUCCAACCUGUGCCAGCAUGGGGAAUGGAUAUCAAAUGAUGAUGAUGAUAUGUGUAUAUAUUUUAUGUGUGUAUUAAAUCUUAUACUUGUGUAAACACUAAUUCUGAAAGAGGACAAGAUGUCCCCAUAGCCAUCACUUGCCAAAUAACCGUCUCACUGAUCACAUCCCUCCCCCAUCUCUCCACACCAUUUAAGGCAGUAGUUGGCCAUUAAUUUUUCAAUACUGUUAUAUAAAACAGAUGUGUAAGAACCCUUAAGAGGAAGAGAUGUAUACAUAUCAAAAAAAAAAAAUAAUGAAUCUUUGUGUCUUCAGAGGAUCAUUAUGUCAAAAAUAACACAAGCACUGGUUUAAUAUCACUUCAUUGUUUGUCAGUUGGUUGAAUAAUCAACUAACAAUAAUGAAGAUGCCUGGCUCAGUGGUUAGAACAUUGGACUCACAAUCACAAGUUAGUGAGUUCGAGUCCUAGACCAGGCUGUGUGUGGUGUUCUUGAGCAAGACAUGUUAUUUUAUGUUGCUCCAGUUCACUCAGCUGUAGAAAUGAGUUGUAUCAGCCUUUGCCUUUCCCUUGGAUAACAUCAGUAGCGUAGAGAGAGGAAGCUGGUAUGCAUGGGUGACUGCUGGUCUUCUAUAAAUAACCUUGCCUGGACUUGUGCCUUAGAGGGGAACUUUCUAGGUGCAAUACCAUGCUCAUUCAUGACCAAAGUGGGGGGGGGUCUUUACUUUUUACCCCUUUUAAUGAAGAAGUGAUAUUGAAUCAGUGCAUGUGUCAUUUAUUAUUGGCAUAAUGACCCUUCCAAAACACAACAAAAUUUGUUCCAACAGAGAAAUUCACAUCAAGGAUCUUGCAAACCAAAUACAAAAAUGAAAGGAAUCUUUCAUUUUAUUAAUUCCUACAAAUACAAUUUUAUAUUUUUUGUUUUGGGGUUUGAACUUGAAACCCUCCAUCCCCUUUUUAUUUUCUAUUCUUGUAUGGGUUUUGGAAACUUCACCAGUGAGAAGCUUGAAAAUUGAAUAUGGGUCAAAUUUUGAUCUGCAGACAAAGGAUUCUUCACCCUUGAUGAAGAGAGCGGAAAGGAAAAAAAAAUUUUUCUAUUUUCUAUAAUGCCAAAUUUAUGAAAUAUGAUCUAUAUACCAGGGAAACGAGUGGCUGAGAAGAAAUACAAAUUUCCCUUUAUUUCCUGGAUAAUAUGAGAAAAAAUACCAAUCACUCGUUCAACCAAUAACUCUAUCAAAAUACUAAUCGGAAGAAGUAUAGUUUGUGUUGACAAGAAUUCUUUAGAAAAGUUCACAAAUUUCUGCAAGUUUAUAUGAUAAAGGGACAAGAUUGGUGAUUAGGUUUUGAGCAAAACUCUCCUUUCUAGUUUUGGGCCUUAAUUAAAACCCAUAGAUAAAGUUUGCCAUUCAUCACUUGGGGAAUUAGUUGCCUCCCUUAAAAUAGCUGACCUUGUGCUGAAAUUGGAAACCUCAAAUCUCAAAAAUCUUCCUCAGGAUUCUAGCAGAAUUCAAUAUGGUACACUUUUCUGUGGGUCAACAACACGAGUACCAAUCCCAACAUUUCUCAGUCUCUUAGAUAGCUGUCCAGGUGUUGUUUCAAGUGUUGAUUUAGCCUUUCAUCCCUUUUGUGGUCAAUAAAAAUAAGUACUUGCUGGCCUUGUGCCAAAAUUUGAAA